ACCACACAUCACAACUUCCAAAUCAAGGACACCCAAGAUGUCUCUAGUCUCAGAAGAAGCCAAGGCCAAAGCUGAAAUCUAUUAUGGGGAUGAGAUUGGAAGAGAGAAAUCAAGGUUCUUGCUUCAAGAGGUGGGCCUUCCAAGGGGCCUCCUGCCCUUACAUGAUAUAAUAGAGUGUGGUUAUAUUGAAGAAACUGGGUAUGUUUGGCUGAAACAAAAGAAGAAAACAGAGCAUUAUUUUGAAAAAAUAGGUAAGAAUGUAUCAUAUGCAACUGAUAUUACUGCUUACGUGGAGAAGCUUAAGAUCAAGAAGCUUACUGGGGUUAAGGUUAAGGAGCUGAUGAUUUGGCUUACACUAAAUGAGAUUACUGUCGAUGACCCGCCGACCGGGAAGCUGACGUGUAAGACGUCGACCGGGCUGUUCCGGACGUUCCCCACGUCGGCGUUCGAGAUCGAAGAGGACAAGAAGUGAGAUGGGUGGCUUGGAUUCGGGCUUAGAAGAAGGAUUAACGGUCUGGAUCAUCUCAUUUAAGCAUGUGUUUGCGUUGGUUUUAGAUAUGUUUGUGUGAUGUUAAAGAGUUUGUGUUUGCUUUUCUUAUGAAAAAUAAAGAGUAAUUAGAGUUU